UCAGAAGUACACAAUACAAGAACAAGAGGGGCUUAACUGAUAUCAUCGGUCCUCUCGCCUUCAAAACAGUGUAGUUACUCAGAGUGCAUCUGCUGUGGACUUGUUGAUACUGUCACUAACGUGCAACCUUCCUUGAUAUCUUUCUCUGUCCUCCAGUUCUGUCUUUUAAAAACUACAAUCAAUUACCCUCUCCUCAAAAGGAAAGAACCUUUGGCUGAAGAGAGAACAAAGAACAGUACAGGCCCUUCGGCCCACGAUGUUGUGCCGACCUAUUAUCCCACUCAGAUCAAACUACCCUGCAUACCCUUCAUUUUACUAUCCUUCAUGUGCCGAUCCAAGAGUCGUUUAAAAGUCUUGAAAUGUAUCUGACUGCACUACCACUGCUAGCAGCGCAUUCCACACACCUGCCACUCUCUGUGUAAAGAACCUACCUCUGACAUCUCCCCUAUUCCUUCCUCCAGUCACCUUAAAAUUUCUCCCCCUCGUAAUAGUCAUUUCUGCCCUGGGAAACAAAAUCUGACUAUCCACUCUAGCUAUGCCUCUCAUCAUCUUGCAUACCUCUAUCAAGUCACCUCUCAUUCUUCUUUGCUCCAAUGGAAAAAGUCCUCGCCCCCUCAAUGUUUCAUCAUAAGACCUGCCGUCCAUUCCAUGCAGCAUCCUGCUAAAUCUCCUCUACACCCUCUCUGAAGCUUCCACAUCCUUCCUAUAAUGAAGCAACCAGAAUUGAACUCAAUGUUCCAAGCGCUGCUCCAUCCCCACAAACUAAUGCUCGAUUCCAAAUCCCUUUUCUCUUGAUACUUUAAAUUCAAUGCUGUCUUUCGUGUAAUUUCAUAUUUGAAUUCACUGGUCCUGAGCCGCUCGCAGCGAUGUGCCCCCGCGGUCCUGCUACAGUGCUUUGAGAUGGAAACAAACAUGACUGAUGAAGGUCCACCAGUUGACGUAGUACGUUUAGAUUUCAAAAAAGCAUUUGAUAAAUUACAACUCAUAAGGUGACUCAAAAGAAAGCAGCCCAUGAGUUCAAGGGUAGUAUAUUAGGAUGGACAGAGGACUGCAUCGCAAACAGAAGUAGAGAAGGGGCAGCAGGAUGGUAACUUAUAACUGGUGUCCGGCCACAGGGUCCCUGCUGCGGAGGCCGUACACCUAAUGUUCCCUGGGUUGAUUUUGGAAAUGGAGGAGGGGAUUGCCAUGCUUAGGAAUGUUGGGCGGAUGGGAUUUAUAAGAUUGAAAGAAAUCUUAUUUUUUCAGCAUUUAAGAUUCUUAAGAGGCUUGAUAGUGUAUAUCCGUAGAGAAUGCUCCCAUUUGUGAAAUAUUUUAUGACCAGAGGCCACAUUUUCAUAUUGGUUGCCUGUUAAUUCAGGGGAAGAAUUACUUCUUUCAGGUGGCAGCAAUCUAUUCAACACUUUAGCAGAGAAGGUUUUCGAGGUAAUGCCAUCAAUUAUAUGCUAGGCUGAGAUGGCCAGUUUAAUUUUCAAAUCAAGAAACAACAAUAAUGAGAAAAGGGUAGUCUUCACAGUGGAAGCUACUUCAAGGAUCCCCUUAUCCCUGUAUUCUUUAGUAAUGAAUUAAAUACAUCACUACCACACCAUCACGACCAUUACAGAAGUAGCAGUAGACAAUCUAAUGGAGUGAAAGCAGAUUAGACUCUUUGCCCUGAUGGUUUACUUUGUAUGAUUCCAAACAAAGGAGCUUCAGAGUUGGUGUAUGCAUUGAUUGUAAUUUCUGAAAAAGGUUUCGAUUCUCAAGAAGCAUCUGAGGGCUGGAAAACUGCCGAUGUGACAUCCCUAUUUAAAAAGGAGAGAGGCAAAUUGUUGGAAAUAUGUGGCAAUCAACUGUGAAGAAAAUAAUAGCAGGACAUUUGGAAAAUCAGAAUCUAAUCAAACAGAAUCACCAUAGCCUGACGAAAGAGAAAUUAUGUCUGGCUAAUUUGUUUGGGUUUUUCGAGGAAGUCCCAACCAGAAUUAGUAGAGGAAAACCAGUAAAUGUGUUGGAUUUGGACUUUGAGCAAGCAUUUGAGAAGGUACUCAAAAGUAAUAAGCUAAGAGCUGAGGUUUUGAAGGUAGUAUAUUGCUAUGGAUCAGUAUGCUUUGCAUGGCCAGGAAGGAGAGAUCACAUCAUACCUAAUUGAGGUAUACAAGAUAAUGAGAGGCAUAGAUAGAGUCGAUAGCCAGAGACUAUUUCCCAGGGCAGAAAUGGCUAGCACGAGGGGUCAUAGUUUUAAGCUGGUUGGUGGAAAGUAUAGAGGGGAUGUCAGAGGCAGGUUCUUUACGCAGAGAGUUGUGAGAGCAUGGAAUGCGUUGCCAGCAGCAGUUGUGGAAGCAAGGUCAUUGGGGUCAUUUAAGAGACUGCUGGACAUGCAUAUGGUCACAGAAAUUUGAGGGUGCAUCCAUGAGGAUCAAUGGUCGGCACAACAUUGUGGGCUGAAGGGCCUGUUCUGUGCUGUACUGUUCUAUGUUCUAUGUUCUAUGUUCUAUCUACAGUGAAAUGCACCAAGUGAAUAGAUAUUUUGGGGAAUUUGGUGGCCAUGUGGUAAGUCAGUGCAGAGGGUAAGAGGUGCCAUUUGCUUGCUUUUUUUGCCUGAUAGUUGGUAAGCUUUUUUUUUGAGACAGGGCAAAUUGAAGCCAGAAGCGGGGACCCAGAAGGUGAACCCGGUUCAUUGGUUGGUGAUAGCUACUGGUUUAAGAAUCUAUUAUCGGUAACUUUCAGAUUGAAAGUAAAUCGGAGAAAUAUAUACAGGCUACAAACUAAUGUUUUGAAAUCAAAUUAAGAUAUAAGUAAUUGAAAUGGAGAUGCCGGGCCAAUGAUGAUUUAAACCUACAUGACGGGGGAGUGGUCAGACACCAUACUUCAGCUCAGGGUUGAUGAACUGGAAUCUCAGUUUCGACCAAUCAACAAAUCAUGCGGGGGAGAGUUACCAGGGAAUGCUCUGUUUCCGGAGGCAGUCACACACCGGAGAUUAACUACCUGAAGCUCGGUCAGUGGCCAGGGACGUGAGACUGUGACUAAGAACAGGGCAGGUGGAAGGAUCCAGGAUGUCGUGCAGAAGGAACCUUGGCCUUUGAUCUUAUCGAACAGGUUUGAGAUUCUUUCUUCCUGUGUGGAUGAGAGGUCAGGGUAUAUGGAAGAUGAGUAAACUGACUAUAGCACGGUGGUACAGGGGGACAUUCAAGAGGGGAUAAAAAGUGAAAUGUAGUUAUAAUCAGAGGUAGUAUAGUUAGGAGAAUGAACAUUGUUGGUUGUGACUAGGAUCGAGAGUCUCGAAAGUAGUGUUGCCUGCCUGGCGCCCAGGUUUAGCAUAUUCCGUCUUGGCUACCAAGGAAUUUGAAGUGGGAGGUGUAGAAAUCCAGCUAUCGUGGUGGACACAGGUACCAUUGAUAUGGAAGAAAGAGGAAAGAGGUUCUGCUGAGGGAUUACGAGCACUGAGGUGCUGAGUGAGAAGGCAGAACCAAAAAGUAAUAAUCUCGGGAUUCUUAUCUGAGCAAUUUGGCACGGUGUGAACAAAACUGAAGAUGUAAAUGCAUUGUUCAAAUGAUGGCAUGGCAGAAAUGUGUUUGAAUUCAUGGGACAUUGGCAUUGGUAUGGGGAAGGAGGGAGUUGUUCCGGUGGCAUAGGCUUGAUGAGAAUCAUAUUGGGACAAGUAUCCUGGCAAAAGACAUAGCUAGGUCUGGGGUAGGGCAUCAAAGUGAAAAGUGUGGAGCGGGUGAGUCCAGUUGCAUGUAAAAAUUAUGGAAAAAGUUAGAAGCUAGUAAGUGCUCAGCAAAGUUUCCAGAGCAAGUAAUAGGACAAAAAGUAUGGAAAUAGUCAGGAGUCUCAUUUCAGGUGCAGCAGAUAAGAAGGGUGGCCGUAAAUGCCAGACUGAAGGUCUUUUAUUUAAUUGUAGGGAGUGUAUAAAACAAAGUGAAUGAGUUUGUGGUGCAGAUGGAAAUUGACAGAUGUAUUGUUCUGGGUAUCACAGACAUGUGGUUGUAAGGGGAUAAGUGUUGGGAACUAAAUAUCCAAUGAUACAUGUCCUAUAGAAAGAACAGACAAAUGGACAGAGAUGCCAGGGUUGGCUUGUGAGUAAGAAAUGGGGCAGCGCUGAAGGAACCACAGGUCUUGAGCUUGUUUAUUAAUGACUUGGAGGAAGAGGUGAAUGUGCUGUGGCUAAAUUUUUAGAUGACUCAAAAAUAUUUGGAAAGACAAGGCAUGGAACAGAAACAGAGAUUUACCAGGAUGUUACUUGGAUUGGAAUGUAUUAGCUUUCAGGAGGGCUUGGUGGAAAUGUUGUAUAAUCAUAAAUGUAAUGAGAUCAACCAUGAUCUCACCGAAUGGUGGAGGAAAUUCAAUGGGCCAAAUGACUUGUUGAGUGAGUCUUGUUGUUUGACAAUGAAUUCGUAAAGGUGUUUGUUUUUGUCUCUUGGAUGAGAUGUAAAAAUGAAAUGUGUACGCUUCCUUUUCAUCUGGCAAUAAAUAAUCGUUCUGAACGAUUUCCAUUGACUAGUGGCAAUCUGACAAGCAUCACGAUGUAAAGAGAUUCUUAGCUUCUUUUUAAUUGUAAAGUUAUUCUCUGGAAUUAAUUAAGCAUAUAUUAUUUGCAUCUCAGGAAUUAUAUUCAUCACUGCAUCUCAAAAAGUACUCUGUUGUAUGAUAACAGCAUUUUAAAGAACACUCUUCAAUGGUUGUGAUUUUCAGUUGCCAUAACACACAUUAAAUUACAUUGUUGGCCAAUCUGUCCAUGAUUAUUUCAUUGUCUUACAUUUCAAACAGACAAGGAAAUAUUAGUGAUGCAAUGAAGAGUUUGAUGAUAAAAUAUAAUUACUGUUACGGUUUCCUCUUGGACGAAAUAUUCUCAUCAAAUUGACUGGUCAAGGAAAUGGGACACUGACUGUGAGUACUUUGAGUGUUUAAGUGAUUCCUAAAAUGAAAAUUAUGACCUUGAUUUCUCUUGCAUGCAGAUAUGAAGAGACUAUUUUAAAAAUCCUCUCGGUUCGUGGUUCAGGCAUAAAGGUGUCACAUGUAUAUUUAUGUAUAUACAUGUACAUGUGUAAUCUGAAAAGAAAAUGACGAUAAAUCACUUGUUACAAGGUGAGAAUGAGUUAUCCAGAUAGUAAGAACUGCCAAAGUUGGUGUCUGAGAUAACACAUUGUGGAGCUGGGGGAAAGCAGGCAGCAUCAGAGGCUCAAGAAAGUUGAUGUUUUGGGUCAGGACCCUUCCUCCAAAAUGGAGGGUGGACGGGAGCUCAGAAACAAAUAGUGUGGAGAGGGAGGAGGUGCUGGGGAAGGUAGGUGGGAUGGUGAUAAAUGAGUACUAUCCAGAUUGGAACAGAUUUACCCCAGAAGGUAUUGAAUACAAGUUCCAAAUCACUCUCAAAAUCCUAGUGACCGUUAACAUUCAUGUUUUUUUUUGUCUGUGUGUUUCAGUAAUUGCAUGUCAGUUUGAAUGGUUCAUUGAGAGUGAGGAACCUAUGGACUCACACACACCAACAUGGAAUUUAAUUCAAAGAGUGACUCCUCUUCUAAGUACUUAAUCGCUUUUAAAAUCUUGACCAUUUCUGCUGUCUAGUUAAACAAGUGUAGCUGAAUACUGCUUCAAUAGGAAUUAGUGUUUAAUAGGAACAUAUUUGUGAAACUUACAGUUCGUCAAGCUUUAGCAUAAACUGGUGGAGACUUUCGGCGCUUGCAAAAAGGCUCACCUCUCUGUUAAUACUGAAGGAAAAUUGGAGUUUAAAAAACCAUACGAUUACACUAAUUUUGUUGAGGAAUUUAAAGAUUAUGAGCCCCGUCCGUUUGACCCGCAGUUUGGUACCAUAGGUUGGUACGAUCUUCGUUCGAGAAGGAAGAGGGAUGUUCCAGACACAGAAAAUCGUCAAACCAUUUACUACAAAGUCUGUUUCUGCUUAGUAUUAAUUAAUGCAGUUAACAUUUUCAGAUCGACAUGAUUGCAGAAUGGAGUCAAUAAAACAAAUUCCAUCUGAUAUUCAACAUAAAUUUUAAGUUUAGAAUAACAAGCUCACAAGAGCUUGGUUUUAGAUAUCACUUGGGACCACAGACUAACAGACAAAGGAACAAAGCAAAACGACUCUGCGAUUUGAUGUAGAAACUCCUGACUCCGAAGCCUGCAGCCGCCCUCCAAUUCUCAAGUCAGAAGUGUGUCAAUGAUGGUGCAGAUCCAACAACACUGGAAACGAUCUUGAGUCUAGACCAAAGCAGCCCCUUGAUUGGCACCGUAUCCAUUCUCUCCACAACCAACUCCAAGACACAAUAAUGUGUCCAUAUACAAGAUGCACUGCCACAUUUUUUUCCAACUAUUCUUACACCUGCCUUUCCAGACUUAGAAAACUCAUCUUCAAGGUCAAGGACAUCAGACAUGGUAGCACGAAUCCCAGUAAAAAUCACCUCCAAGCUACUCUCAAACUUAUUUGGAAAUGAAUGAUUGUUCCUGAGUCAAUAUUAGUAAUCUCUUUUGGAACAGCAUUGUGGGUCUGUGUACAGCAACAUGAAGCUGUUCAAGAAGUCAAUUUGUGCUGGACAAUCAGCAACAGCUAUGUCUCAUUAAAGAAUAAAUAAAUCGGAAAGAAAUCCAUCUGAGAGUCACAAGCAAAUGGGUAACUUUUUUUUGUUCACUCUGCAGCUCGUGGGCUAUUACCAAUUUUGACAAUGACAAAUGAAGCUUUUGUUUGGUUUGCUAUUGAUAGCAGCUGUCCACAAAAUAAAAACAAUUGGCAUCAGAGAUAAUGGGAACUGCAGAUGCUGGAGAAUCCAAGAUUACAAAGUGUGGAGCUGGGUGAACACAGCAGGCCAAGCAGUAUCUCAGGAGCACAAAAGCUGACGUUUCGGGCCUAGACCCUUCAUCAGAAAAGAGGGAGGAGGAGAGGGCUCUGAAAGAAAUAGGGAGAGGGGAAGGCAGAUUGAAGAUGGAUAGAGGGGAAGAUAGGUGCAGAGGAGACAGACAAGCAAUAAGGAAGGACAGGAUCAAAUAUGAAGGUAGGCUAGCUAGUCAUAUCAGAAAUCAUAGUAACGGCUUCUUUCAAUACAUAAGAAACAAACGUGAGGCAAAAGUCGACACUGGGCCACUCCAAAUUGAUGCUGGAAGGCAAGUGGUGGGAGAUAAGGAAGUAGCUGAAGAACUUAAUAAGUACUUUGCGUCAGUCUUCACAGUGGAAGACAUGAGUAAUAUGCCAACAAUUAGGGAGAGCCAGGGGGCAGAGCUGAGGAUGGUAGGAAUUACAAAAGAGCAAGUGCUAAAAGAGCUAAAAGGUCUAAAAAUUGAUAAAUCUCCUGGCCCCAAUGGGCUAUAUCCUAGAGUUCUGAGGAAGGUGGCUGAGGAAAUAGCAGAGGCUUUGGCUAUGAUCUUUCAAAAGUCACUGUAGUUUUUUUUUGAGUGCGAGCAGCAGCGGAGGCAAGACGGACCCGGAAGACUGCAGCUAAGGUAAAGCAGUUUAUUUUUAAAAUUACUUACCGGUAGCGGGCAGUGGUGUUUUUUCCUCUUUCAGAGAAGGAGCGGGAGCAGCGGAGGAAGUGACGAGGACCAGAGGGGCAGCCGGGAAGGAAAGCAGUGAGUAUAAAUACUCACCCUUCGACGCCAACGGCCAUUUUGAGUGCGAGCAGCAGCGGAGAGAAGGAGUGGGAGCAGCAGAGGAAGUGACGAGGACCAGAGGGGCAGCCGGGAAGGAAAGCAGUGACCAUAUAUAUCAGCCUUCGACGCCAACGGCCAUUUUGAGUGCGAGCAGCAGCGGAGGCAAGACGGACCCGGAAGACUGCAGCUAAGAUGCGGAUAAAGUUCUCCAAGCUGACAGAAAUUGAAAGCACUCGCAUCCUGUGACGAUGGGGUAGGAGUGGAAGAAUCAGAGUGUUUCUUUGAAAAUUGGCUUGAUGUGUCUGUCCAAGGGUCAUCUGGAGGAAAAAAUACAAGUAUAUCUUCAAACAAGUAGCUGAACCCACAGAUUUAUGUGACCAACGAAGCCUGAGCCUUUUGCUUCACGAUGCAGUCCAGAUCCCUCGGCAGCUGGGUGAGGUAGCUUCAUUUGGAGGCAGCACCAUUGAACCAAGUGUCCGCAGUUGCUCCCAACAUGCACUCAGACAUGAACUAAUGGAUAAGGAGGAGACAAUCAUAACUGCUUUGGAUUCAGCCCAUAGAAGGGCCAGAGGAGUCGCGCUGACACCUUCAUGUUUAAACAGAGGACACUUUUCUGCGUGCCACUAGAUGUAUAUCAGCCAUACCAAAAUGCUGCCUUUGCCUGAGACAGGGAAGAUGAAAUGACUUUGGGGAAAUGGAGAAUCAUUCAUGAAUCCAGUUACUUUCUGAUCUGACAGCUUUGUGGCAUCUGAAUGGAUAACAAUUUGAUCUGAAGUGCUGAACGUCAACUUGCCAAAUACAAUUGGAUGAAAAGUAUGAGGGCAAUCAGUCUCUUGAAACACUUUCUCUAUGCAAUCAACAUAACAACAUUCAUUGACAAUGAAAAAUUACGUACGUGCUUAAGAAGAUUAGAUUUGAAACAGAGAUUUGUGAAUAUGAAUGGAGCUAUAUAUGUCCCCAUCUCAGGCACCCACCUCAAGUUCACCUGGACUAUCUACAACACCUCUGUCACCUUCCUGGACCUCUCUGUCUCCAUCUCAGGUAACCACCCAGAAACCGAUAUCCAUUUCAAGCCCACCGACUCCCACAGCUACCUAGAAUACACCACCUCCCACCCACCUUCCUGCAAAAAUUCCAUCCCCUAUUCCCAAUUCCUUCACCUCCGCCUCAUCUGCUCCCAGGAUGAGGCAUUCCAUUCCCGUACACGUCAGAUGUCCUCGUUUUUCAACGACCGCAACCCCCCACCCCCCACCCAACCACACACAGUGGUCAAGAACCAUGUCUCCCACAUUUCCUGCAACUCAUCCCUCACACCCCAUCCCCGCAAUAAGCACCAAAAGAGAACCCCCUCAUCCUCUCAUACCACCCUACCAACCUCUGGAUACAACGCAUCAUCCUCCAACACUUCCACCAUCUGCAAUCUGACCUCACCACCAAAGACAUUUUUCCAUCCCCACCCUUGUCUACUUUCUGGAGAGACCACUCUCUCCAUGACUCCCUUGUCGGCUCCACGCUUCCCUCCAACCCCACCACACCCGACAUUUUCCCUGCAACUGCAGGAAGUGCUACACGUGCCCCCAUACCUCCUCCCUCACCCCCAUCCCAGGCCCCAAGAAGACUUUCCACAUCAAGCAGAUGUUCAACUGCACAUCUACCAAUGUGGUAUACUGCAUCCGCUGUACCCGCUGUGGACUCCUCAACAUCGGGGAAACCAAGGAGAGACUUAAGUGUUCUGCAAAGCAGUCCCUAUGCUCGGUUCACAACAAACAACUGCACCUCCCAGUCGCGAACAAUUUCAACUUCCCCUCCUAUUCCUUCGACGACAUGUCCAUCCUGGGCCUCCUGCAGUGCCACAACAAUGCCACCCGAAGGUUGCAGCAACAGCAACUCAUAUUCUGCUUGGGAACCCUGCAGCCCAAUAAUAUCAAUGUGGAUUUCACAAGCUUCAAAAUCUCCCCUCCCCCUACUGCAUCCCAAAACAAGCCCAGCUCGUCCCCGCCUCCCUCACCUGUUCUUUCUCCCACCUAUCCCCUCCUCCCACCUCAAACCACACCCCCAUUUCCUUCCUACUAACCUCACCCCUUGACCUGUCCGUCCUCCCUGAACUGUCCUACCCCCUCCCUACCACCCCACCCACACUCACCUCUACUAGCUCCACCUCUUCAACUUGUCUGUCUCCUCUCCAACUAUCUUCCCCUCUAUCCAUCUUCGAUCCACCUCCCCCUCUCUCCCUAUUUAUUUCAGAAUCCUCUCCCCCUCCCCCUUUUCUGAUGAGGGGUCUCGGCCCAACAUGUAAGCUUUUGUGCUCCUAAGAUGCUGCUUGGCCUGCUGCGUUCAUCCAGCUGCACACUUUGUUAUCUCUAUAUCACGUAACAACCUCAUUGAGUGAGUUCUAGAGCGAAUUGUGCAGGGUAGACUUCGGGUUUAUCAUUCUAACUUGCCAGUCCUGAAAGAUGAAACUUGGUUUGUGUUGGAUGUUUGUUUUAAUAGCUAUGAAAGAUAUCCUGAAAGGAUAUGUCAAAUCUUUUGUUGAGAAUUUAACCCAUUUAGUCACUCUAAUCUUUUUCCUUUUUUAAAGUUUCCUUGGUAGUCAUAAAUUUCAAAUAUCUGCACAAUUUUAUUUGGCUUUGUAUUGGUUCUCUGAGAUUCUCUGUUAAUGGCUCCGUGACCUGCUAGCUCAUUACAGAAUUUAUCAUUGAUGUGCCUGUAACAAAAUCUUUAGUCUUAUACUAUAUAUUCCCAAUUUCAGGAUAAAGUCCAGAGAGACCUUUUAAAGGAAAGGGAUUUCGAAAGAAAACUUCAGUUCCAUCGAUCAAAGUCAUGAAUAGUUGAUAAAUUAUUUGCAUUUCAUAUUUCCAGAACCUAACCCGGAAGAGAGAGCCCAGAGAAUUGCCAAAGCUGUCCUCAAACAGUCAAUAGAAGUGAAGGAAAAUUGGGAGCAAUUGAAAACCCAUGCAAGCAACUGGCAGAAACAGGUGGAAAAGGCAUUGGAGAAACUUCAAGAACUGCAGAAAGCUCUGGAUGAUCUUGAGGCUCGUGAUAACAGCUGAGGGGGUCCACACUGAUUGGCAACCUGUGGGUGACCUGCUUAUUGACUCAUUGCAGGAUCACAUUGAUAAAACCAGACUAAGUGCAAUUACAUUACACUUCACUUAUGAACAGAUGUAACCGCAAUGUUGUAUCGAGACGAUCAGUAAUAUGAGUACUUAAGUAAUAUUGAUUGAAUGGUUGUUAACUUAAUUUGCAAAUUAAAACUUAGUUGAGCAUGCCUUCUGAUGAUAUCACAUCGGUAAUAUUAGUAUAAUUGAGGAUUCUAUUAGUCAGUGACAUCAGCUGAGUUAUCUGCUUGUUGCUAUGUUAUCAGGAUUAAAGGUAAAGUCUUAGCACGCCAUUUGGCCACUCCUUAGAGAGAGACAACUGGUUAUGAUUUAACCUGAAGAUCACCAUGCCUCGGGCAAGUAGAGGGGUUGAGGCAAAGAUCCUUUGUGGUCAGCUCACUGGUGUGGCAAUUGAGCCCUCUCUGCAGGGCAUCACUUUGCAUCACAAACCAACCGUUCAGCCAACUGAAUUUGAAUGGAGUUUAGGAUUGUAGAGUAAUCCAUGCAAUUGUAUUUUUUUGAAUGAAUGUUUCUAACUGGGACUCUCUCACUGGCAAACUUUUUAAAAGCCAGCUCAGCCAUACAGGUUAGAUAAGUUCCUGAUCUCAGCUGAAUUUUUUGAUCUGGGGUGGGUCAGCGUUAGGAGUUCAGUGAUUGGAAUGAAUUCUCAUUAAAUUAGCGAGAGGGAUACUACACGUGAAUAGACCGAUGUUUUGAAAAGAGGAUGAGAUACGAGCAAAAGUUUAAUUGAUGGAGAAGACCAGCCACAAUCAUCAUCAACAGUGGAGCAGGCUUGAGCAGCCAUGCAACAUUGUGCUGCCGCUAUUUGACUUGCUCCGUGAAGAGGAAGGAAAAGGGUCAAAGUUUCAAAAAUGCUGAAGACCACAUCAUUCUACAACCUCAAAAUUUGAUUGUGUUCAGCAUAUUAUCAGUACUGGUACCCCUCUUUCCUGGUCUAUCAUCUCAGCAGCUCUACUCUGCCCAAAAGCUGGUUACCAGUGACAUUUUUGAAGGCUCUUCCCAAGUCUGAAAAUCAUUUUUGUUACGUAGAAUCAGAGUUGGCGUGUGGAAGGAGGUCUUCUGGCAUAUCACAGCUCUUUGAAAUAACUCCCCAAUUCAUCCCCGUCUGCUGUGCAAUGUCUUCAACCACUUUAUAUCUCUUUAAUGGAGGCAAAGUUUUGAAGGCAUCUGAAAGGAGUAUUAACGAUCCCAGAAUACAACUGAGCCUUAUUAAGUUCUUAGUUCUGAUGACCAAGAGCUUGAUCAAAGAGGAUUGUUUUAAAAAGUGCCUUAAAAGAGGAAAGGUACAGCGGCUAAGAGGUGGAGGAAGUCUCUUGUUGGGUUUGACGCCUACACAAUUAAAUGUUUGACAACCAGUCGUGGGCCAUUUAAAAUCAAGAGUGGGCAAGAGGACAUAAUUAGACGAGUGCAGAUAUCCUGAAGUAUGGUUGGACUGGUGGAGAUUACCAAAAUAGCGAUAGGCGUAGCCAAGGAACGAUGUGUAAACAAAAAUGAGAAUUUAAUAAAAUUACUGUUAAUAGUAUCAGUGAGUUAGAAAGUACGGAGAAUAGGAUUUGUUUCAAGAUGAGACUCAGGCAGUGGAGUUUUAGAUGACCUCAUAACACUCUUGGUCACCUGUAGAGAGUUAUUAUCUGACACUCCACUCAGGCCAAUUCUAUGAUCUUUUGAUCUU